ACAGGCCCUGGCCACAGCUUCAGGGGGGUGUUGUGCUCGCGGGGUUCGUCUGUUCACUCCUUUUACCCGGAAACCAAGCACUGGAAGGGAACUUCUCAGUAAAAAGGGGGGCCGCAGGAUCCUCAGACACAGUUAUAAAAUAUUUAAAGGUGAAAAAAAGGUCCUCCGGAGCCCCGGCCACGAUGAGUUUAGAAUCCUUGCUUCAGCACAUCAUCUUCUCGGAGCAUCAGGCCGAGGAGAGUAGGCGCCUGAUGAGAGAAGUGAGAUUGGAUAUAAACAGAUGUCGUGAAAAAAUUAGGAAAGCAGUGGAGAAGCUGAGUGAAGAGAAAAUCAGAUUAGAAGCCAAGGUUCAACAGUUUUCUGAACAAUCCUUCCUCUUACAACUUUUGAAAAUUCAUGAAAAUGCCUUAGAAAGACAGUGCAGUGAAAUUACAAACCAAAGAAAUAUGCUUCUCCAAUCCUUUGAGAAUACAAAGAAAAAGGUCACAGAAGAGGAGGAAAAAUUUACUAAGGAAGUUACAGACUUCAAUAAAGAAUAUGAAAUAAUAAAGAAAAGAGAACUUUCAAUGAAAGAAAAUGUCAAGAUUGAAAUAUCUGACUUGGAAAGCCAGGCAAACAUUUUGAAAAGGGAAAUGAAGUUAAUGGAACAUGAUAGUAUCCAGUUAAAUAAAUUUCAAAAACAAAAGAGUGAAUUAUUACAAGAAUUAUUUGUACUACAGGGAAAACUUAAAGUUUUUGAAGAUAAGACAAAUGAAGCCAUCUGUACUACCAAAUACUUAGAAGCAGAAAAAAUAAAAAUCAAUGAAAAGCCACAAAAUGAUCCUGAAUGCUUAAGACUGAAAAAAGAAUUAGAACUUUAUAAGGAAGAUGACAUGCAAAGUGUUUAUGAAGCUCUCCAAACAGAAAUAGAGUUUUUGGAGUUGACAUUGGCACACAAAGAUCUUCAGUAAAACAAAUAAUUUGCAGAGAAUUGAUUCACUAGCCGAGAUCUGAUCAGAACAUCUUGGAAUCAAAUCUUUGUGAUAUCCAUUGCAACAGAUUCUUGUGGAAAAUGUGAGGUCCAGAAUGUUUAAAGUCGUUGAUACCUAGAACUGGUUUAUUAGCACUAAAAGAUAAUAUAUUUUUUUUCUUGCUGCUUGCUGUUACUUUAAGGUUCUUCCAUGUUACUUUAAGGUUCUUCGAUUUUCUUUCAAAAGGAAUAGAAAGGAAUAGAUAGUGUGUUCUCCGGUUCCUUCAGCCCCCUGACCCUUAAGUUGAUCUAUGCUUUCUGAUGUUGUUCAUUCUUUGUUUCAGCUUACCUUGGUUUCAGCCAAGCACAUGUAGAAAGAAAUGCUUAGAUGAUUGACCCCAUUUUUUCAGUGCCAUUUUUACCAACAAAGAUGCUUACUUUCAUUUCACUCUUUUUCUAACUACAAGGUAUUUGUUGACGGGGGUCCUUUGAGGCCUUCCUUUUGCAAAAGCCAGUUUUUUUCACUUUCUCUGGGUGUGUCUCUAGACUUAAGUCUGGGAUACCUUUAGCCAUUUGCAGCAGUUGGUGCCUGCCAGUUUUCUUAAUGCCAGUGUUGGUUAGAAUGAAAUAAGUCUUCCACUUGGAGAGCACAUAAUCUUCUCACAGCCAUCAGUAUUCAUUGCCACUGGUGGCCUGAAACAUUGCAAGUGUGGGUUUAUGUUUGGAUCAAACUUGGCACUGCCACUGAAUUUCCAACAUUGUGUACCUUUCUGCUGUUUGCAAUCCUGAUUAGGAGGAAAGAUUGUAUUUUCACUAGUUUCUUAAAAAGUGUAUUAAAACUGUUCAUCGAGGCCCUAGGUCGUGGCAGGUGGGAGAGGAGAACAAGAACUAUUUAGGGAAGUAUUUUAAAGUACUGAAUGCAAAUGUUAAAAUCAUGUUUUCUUUUGUGGUUGCAGUUGAAUUAGUUUAACAUCAAAUAUGAGAUGUUUACAAAUGUAUCUGUGAAUGUUAAGGAAGAGUGUUUAGGUCUAUUUUCAGAGCAAGUCUGGUUUUGCAUAGCUUUUUUUGUAUGUGUUGUUUUAUACCCUUAUUUUUAAAAAAUUAGCAAAGUUAAAUAUCUCCUUUGAGAUGUGUAGCAGUUCCAUCUGUUUAAAUAAUUUGCAUUUUCAGAAGAGAUUUCUAUUUUGAUUAUUUAAAUAUAUAAUAGUAAAUUAUUUUUGCUUAAGAAGGAAGAAAUUAAUGGUACCAGGGAAUUGUAAUCUAUUUUAUAUGCAAAUACAAAGUGGGAAAUAGUUAUUGGGAUUAGUCACAACUUCAGUUCUGCCUUAUUUUACUCCAUUUAUCUACUCACAUGCUAAGUUCUAAGUUUUUUUGACUAUUACAGUGUAUCGUAUCAUUAAUAUGCAGAUUAAGUUUACACAUAAAGCCUUUUUCACUUACCAGUAAUUUUUGUUUAUUAUUUGUUUUGUAGGUAAAAUAUUAAUGUGAUCUGGAGGUCUGCCACUUAAUUGCAUAAAUAGCACACAAUGGCAUAUAUGCAGGAUAAAUUCUUACUGAUACAACUGUCUUUUCGUGUGUAGGUCAUGUAGAGUAUCUGGAUAAACUAUUCAGUAAUGGAAUCAGGAUUCAUGGGAAUUGAAUUGGAAAAAAACAUAAGGUUCAGUAGUUUCUUUAUUUCAAAAUGCAUAUUUUAAGAUUUAAACUAGUUUUCAAGCAGUUAAUGAAUGAUUAUUUUAGCACUGCAUGGUAAAAUAAUACAGGCACUACCCAUAUGAUACCAAUCAAAAUAAGGAACUGUUAGAACCCAUGUAAUCAAAGGCACAAGUUCACCAAACAAAGGAAAUAAAACAAUCAAUAGAAAUCAGUGUGUGAACCUGUCAACAAAGAGUGCCAGUGGUGGAUUCAGUCUACUUUUAGUUUUUUUAAGAAUAAAUAAUACAUAAAAAUUUCAGUAGGAAAAAUAACUGGAACUAUCUGGGUAGAA